AUGGAUCUUUUCAGGAAGUGUAUGGAGCCCGUUGAGAAAUGUUUGAGGGAUGCCAAGAUGGACAAGAGCACAGUACAUGAUGUUGUUCUUGUUGCUAAUUCAUUGUCUAUUGCAACAACAGGAAGGAUUUCAUACUAUGAGUUGCUCCAAGCAACUGAUGCGCUUAGCGAGAGUAAUCUGAUUGGUUUUGGGAGUUUUGGCUCUGUUUACAAGGGAAUUCUCAGUAGUGGGACUGCUAUUGCAGUUAAAGUGUUCAAUCUGAAACUGGAAGCGUCAUUCAAGAGUUUUGAUACAGAAUGUGAAGUUUUGCGCAGCAUUCGCCAUAGGAAUCUAGUAAAAGUCAUCACUAGUUGUUCCAACCUUGAUUUUAAGGCUUUGGUGCUCGAGUAUAUGCCUAAUGGGAGUCUUGAGAAGUGUUUGUAUUCACACAACUACUUCUUAGACAUCUUACAAAGACUAAGCAUAAUAAUAGAUGUGGCAUGUGCGUUGGAAUAUCUCCACCAUGGGUGCUCAUUGCCUGUGAUUCACUGUGAUCUGAAGCCUAGUAACGUUUUGUUGGAUGCAGAUAUGGUUGCCCACCUAAGCGACUUUGGUAUUUCAAAACUGAUUUGUGAAGAUGAGAGUGAUUUAUACACUAAAACCUUAGCAACAACAGGUUAUAUUGCACCGGAGUAUGGAUUGUAUGGGUUUGUGUCAACAAAAUGUGAUGUCUAUAGUUAUGGGAUCAUGGUGAUGGAAACGUUUACAAGAAGAAAACCUAAUGAUGAAAUGUUUGAGGGAGAUCUUAGCUUGAAGCAAUGGGUGAGUAAUUCACUCCCAGAAGCAGUAAUAAAUGUUGUAGAUGCUAACUUGGUAGCACCAAUUGAUAAUUACUUGAAGUUAGAUUGUGUGGCAACGAUAAUGAAAGUGGCACUAGAUUGUUGUGUCAAAUCUCCUGCAAGACGGACAAACAUGAAAGAUGUUGUAGGAAUAUUGCAGAAGACCAGGAUUCAACUUCUCGCAUGCUGAACUUGUUCUUGGAAACUCUUGUUCCAAAUUACUUGUUUCGUUGCAAAUGUUUGCUACAUUAUUCUAUCAAUUUGAAGAAUGUAUUUUUAUUUUAGCACUUGGGUUGUAAAUUGUUAUAUUUUCACUUUAUUAAUGUUAGUCAAAAUAAAUAAAUUAA